UCUCGUCGUCGAAGGCUGUGGACAACAGCAGCAGCAGCUCUGGUAGUAUUUGGGGUAGCUUUUCCAGAGCCUAUCAGUUCUGGUACUGUGUGAUUGGUGGAAUUGACAAUUUUUUCUUCCUGGCGCGGGACUCUAGCAAGGACUAAGACCAAGUGGGCCGUUCAAGAAUAAGGGUGAGUGAAGGUGCGUGCGAGUGUGUGUGAGUGAUUGUUGCGGUAGUGUUAGUGCGACUAGUGUCGGUGAGUGUUGUGUAAGCGGCAAAAAGAAGCAACAGUUCAACAGGAUUUCGGAGUGUGUACGACCGAAACGAUUUUCCUUGUGAAACUACGGCUUAGCUUCAGUGAUUGUGGAGAAGUUGGAGUAAGUGGUUCUUUUUCUGGAUCUUUUUGAGCGCAACAGGCUGCACUGGCCUAAAGGGUGGCACAAGUGAUUACCUACAGUGAUGGUUGCAAGCGCUCAGACGUCACAGUGCUUGGAAAGUGAUUAACAAAAUCUGGAAAUAAUCUGCAACACCCACGAGAUGUUUCGUAUGUCCGUCGGCCAAAGAAAUAACAGUGAAUUGUUUUGAGUUUUCCAAUGAGAUAUCACAGCACGAAGUACCACCAGUAAUGAAAAUCUAGAGCUGUUCCCGGAAGCCAAUUUUGGAGGACCCGUCAACAAGGCUGAAUUGCAAUGCAAACAUCCGAUCCGGGGGGAAACGGCCAGGGACCCACCGCAGCGGCUAACAGCAACUAUCAGACUACCACCACCACCACCAACAAUAGCACAUCGACGGCGGCCAGUUCUCCCCCGAAGGCGCCCCCACCGAUUCCACCCCCGCCAGGAUCAUGGGCGUCGAUGAAGGCCCAGGUCCUGCGAUGGCGUGGUUCAAGAAAGCUGGUGCUCGUCAUCGUUGCCAUUGCGCUGCUGCUCGACAAUAUGCUGCUGACCGUCGUUGUGCCAAUCAUACCCGAGUUCCUGUACGACAUCAGACAUCCGGAUGCUCCAUUAGCUAGCUUUCCGAAAACUCCUCCGACCACACUGUCCCCUUGCCAGAAGGAAACCACCACUCCGUAUAAUGGCGUCGACGUCACCACCCCUGGCUACGACAACGCCAGCUGGUACGCCGAGGCGGAGGAACGGCACAAGGAGCUGGUGGAGGAAACGGUCGAGGUAGGCCUUAUGUUUGCAUCGAAAGCAUUCGUCCAGUUACUUGCCAAUCCCAUAGUCGGGCCCCUUACACAUAAGAUAGGCUAUAGUAUUCCCAUGUUCGCUGGUUUCGUCAUUAUGUUCGUUUCAACAAUAAUUUUUGCAUUCGGCAGAACGUAUCCCGUUCUGUUCAUCGCUAGGGCAUUGCAGGGUAUCGGAUCGUCCUGUUCGUCUGUGUCCGGUAUGGGAAUGCUAGCCGAUCGGUACACCGACGACAAGGAGCGGGGCAAUGCCAUGGGUAUUGCGCUGGGCGGUCUAGCUUUAGGCGUACUCAUUGGACCUCCAUUUGGUGGUAUUAUGUACGAGUUUGUGGGUAAAUCGGCACCGUUCUUGAUCCUGUCGGCACUGGCCCUUGGUGAUGGUUUACUGCAGCUGGUGAUGCUCCAACCUUCGGUAGCCCUGGACGAAUCGGAUCCACCAUCGCUGAAGGAGCUGGUCAUGGAUCCGUACAUCAUCAUCGCUGCCGGAGCCAUCACAUUCGCCAAUAUGGGCAUUGCCAUGUUGGAACCGUCGUUGCCUAUCUGGAUGAUGGACAACAUGGGAGCCAGCCGAUGGGAGCAGGGAGUGACCUUCCUGCCUGCUUCGAUCAGUUACCUGAUAGGUACAAAUCUUUUCGGCCCACUUGGACACCGGAUUGGCCGAUGGUUGGCGGCAUUGCUUGGGCUGGUUAUCAUUGGACUCUGCCUGAUGUGUAUCCCGUUGGCUACUUCUAUCCACCACCUGAUUCUACCUAAUGCUGGGCUCGGAUUCGCCAUUGGUAUGGUUGAUUCAUGUAUGAUGCCGGAGCUUGGAUACCUGGUGGACAUCCGACACUCAGCCGUUUACGGCAGCGUGUAUGCCAUUGGAGAUGUUGCUUUCUGCGUAGGAUUUGCUAUUGGACCGGCAUUGAGUGGCACCUUGGUGAACACAAUCGGCUUCGAGUGGAUGUUGGUGGGCAUUUCCAUCCUGUGCUUCCUGUACGCACCGCUGCUGACAUUCCUGCGGGCUCCACCGACCAAGGAAGAGAAAAAGUCCUUGAUUAUCGGUGAACGGUCAUCUGUGCGUUACGUCACUUACUCGAACGAAGAUGAUGAUGAGUAAACCACCUAGUAAUUUUUAUUCAACACCACAAAACUAUACUGAUGACAGACCUAUCGCUUACGGCAUAAUGGAAAAUUGAACUCUGGAAUCUCAAAUGGACUUUAGCUAAGAACCUCAUUCUAGAAGAACGGUAACAUAUUUAGCGUUUAUCAAACAAGAUAGUCAAAAAUAAAACAGAAGAAUAGUUUUGCUAAAAUGUUUAAGUUUUGGAAACCAAAGUUUUACAAACAAGAGAUAUCACUUAAAACUACACUUGUUGAAAACAGCACAGCAAAACAUGAUUUAGAAAACAAUCAGACAGGAAAUAAAAAAGAACAAAAAAAAAACAAAAUUCAUUACAGUUGACUGCAAUCAUCGAGAUAGAGUAUUUGAAUGAAAAAUUGUAAAUUAAAAAAGACAAAAGCACUACCCGAGUUAAACUUUGAACAAGAAAACUACUCAUCAGUAGGUUGAGUUUUGAUGAUCGUCUUCUAAACAAAACCGACACAGUUAUUUAUUUACGAAACUUAUCAUAGUUAAAAAAUUGUUAAAUAUUCUUUUAAACUUAAGACUUUAUAUUUUCGUAAAUAAGUUCCAAUAAGAGCUCAUGUUUAUCUUUCAAAAAUUUAACUUUUUUUGUGGUAAAUUAUCGCAACACAAUGUGAGAAAUAUUGAAAUUAAUCUUUCUGAUGAGUAUUUUUGACCUCUGUAUAGUGGCAGACAGCAACUGCCUCAUAAACUUGAGAUAAAAAAAAUUAAAAACAAAAACAUAGGAUUACUCCCUGCAAACUUUCAAGUCAAUCGGUUUCCAGUGUGACAUUGGCACUGUGUUGUCUAAUUGAUGGCGAUAAACCCCUUUUUCGACAAGACAUCCCUGAAGGACAAUUCAAGAUCAUUUGUUUUCUUUUUCUAGUGAUUAAGGAUAGCUGCGUUGCUGCAACCCAGAUUAGUUUAAAGUUCUGAACACUACUCUGGUAAGCGGUCUAAGAUUUAAAAACACAUUUACUAUUCACUGUUCUCCAUAGUCCGAAUCCUCCUAAAUUUUAUUUUGCAAAAAAAAAAUGUCAUUAAAAAUUAAGCACAGACUGCCAAUGUCACAAUGCAGAAAGCCGAAUUCCAGCCUAUAAAAAUCUGUGGUGGCGAGAUAAACGCUUCAAUGUCCGGUAAAACAGAAAAUAGCAACGGAACGAAACGAAACGCCCCGAGAAUCAACCGUCAUUUGGCUAAAAAUUGGCAUUCCCGUUAAGGAGAUUUGACAAUUAGGAGCAAAGUUUCUCUACCAAUUGCGAAUCAAUAUAACAAUGCCAAUUAACUGGAAACAGAUGCUGCGGAUAAUACCUCUGGUGGUAUUUCAGACUUGGUGUUGAUAGUAAACUUCAAAGUUUUAGUUCAAUAUUUGCCAAUUUUCCCAAUACUAACUAAUAGAGAGAAAAACCUUCAAGAUAAAACUUUUAAACUUUAACAAAAUCCUGUUGAAAUAAUAAACAUCCAGAUCUGAAGUUACAUUUUGAUCGUAAAAUAUGAUUUUAAAUCGUUUGUACUGAAUAAAGA